AUGAAAUCUUCAGCGCGUAGGAGAGCUGUGGUCAGAGAUCUUUAAAUCUAUUAAUAAAAGAGUCCUUGUAUGAACAAUCAAUAGCAUUCAUUCAUAGAUCUUGAUUUCCUCCUAUCUUACUUUUUGUUGUUGACAUUGAUCUUAUUCAUCGCAUCUUAAUAAUAUAUUAGCCGGUGAGUGGAACACUCGGUAGAUUUACGUUCACAUUAUUUCAUACCGUCGAAUUCUAAUGUGCCGGUGUAGUCUAAGCAUUUCCGCAGAUCAGGAAAGAGUGUUUAUAUUGUGAUACCACGUGUUUGUGUGAAAACAUCAACUCCGGAGGAUAUUUCUUCUCGAAUGACAAAUAAAAGAUGAUGAAACACUCCUGACAAGAAUAAACCCUUCGUGAAGCCAAGAUGAAUCCCACAACCAAGACCGCAAUCGACAUCGUCGCCGCCAAUGAUGUUCUCUCAGCGAAAGUUAUCGGCAUGGUUGUCCUAGGGCUCAGUUCGUUCAUACUGGGUAUACUUCCUAUGAAACUCUCCAAAUACGUGAACAUAAAAAAUGUUGACGGUGAUAAAAACCUGAUGAUAUCCCUAUUGAUGUGUUUCGGUGGCGGAGUGUUACUGUUCACAACUUUCAUACAUAUCCAACCUGAAGUUCGCGAGGGCUUUGCCAUAUUAAAAUUACAAAAUAAGCUCCCAGAGAUCUGGGGAAAUUUGCCAAUUAGUGAGAUAGUGUUGUGCGUAGGUUUGUUGUUCGUCUACUUCAUCGAGGAAGUAGCACAUAAGUUCCUACAUAGCAAAGUGCACAGUGAAGUCCUUCACAGGAGCCUCUCAAUGAGAUGCACGAAGAAAGACACUCAAAUCGCCAUUCCUAGAGUGACACUCAACAAAUUUGACGAUGGCAACAUCAGUUGCAUCACCACUUCUAAUAAGCAAUUGCUCAAUUCGCAAUCGACGAUCAAUAUCGAGCCAAAAUCAUCGGGACAUCAUCAUCAUUUUCAUGGGAAUUUGAAGAAGUCUUUCAGUGGAUUGCUUGCUGUUUUAGCGCUGAGCUUUCAUGCGAUUUUUGAAGGGUUAGCUGUAGGAUUAGAGACGAGUGAAGAGAAAGUUUGGUACCUUUUUGUUGCCAUUGCUACCCACAAAUUCGUGAUUGCAUUUUGUGUUGGAAUCGAGCUAGUAACUUCAGGAACGAAGGCUACUUUGACUGUUUUGUACAUUGGAAUAUUUUCCAUAGUUACACCUCUAGGAAUAGGUAUUGGCCUUAUUUUAACAGAAGAUGCCAGUGAAGUAAAUCUAAUUUCACUAAUCCUUCAAGCGAUGGCAGCUGGAACUCUCUUAUAUGUAGUUUUCUUCGAAGUCCUUGCAAGAGAACGUGAUAAUGAUCAUUGUGGUAUUUACCAACUUCUAUCCAUAAUAUUGGGAUUCGUAGUCAUGGCCAGUCUUCAAAUUUUAACUGGACAUGAACACCAUCAUGGCCAUGGACAUUCACACUCCGAACACCAUCACCACUAAGAUUUUGACAAGAUCCACAAAAAGUCUAGUCUUAGGCCUUACCUACCAGUUUGAAUCAAAAACCAUUUACAGUAUUUAUAAUUGUAUGAAUACCAAUAUAGUUAUCUAUUUUAAUUUAUGAGAAUGUAUUCUUAUGACGAAAUUUGUGAUUAAAAACAUGUUUUUAAUGUUUAACAA